AGUUGGAAUGUCGAGAAUGCCGAAAAAAUGUUUAGAGAGUCGAUGAAUUGGAGACAACAAUGGGGAGUCGACGGAUAUUUACGUACAUGGCAACCGGGAGAAGUCAUGGAUAAGUAUAUUGCGUAUGGAGUGAUUGGAACUGAUCCAGAAGGGUGUCCAAUUGCUAUUAUCCCAAUUAAGGGCGUGGACAUUGUUGGAAUUCUACAUUCAGUGAGCCGCCAUGACUUCAUCAGGUUCGCCAUUAACGUCCUGGAGACCACACUGGAAAAAGCCGCAAAACGGGGACAACACGAAAUUGUUGUCAUUUUUGAUAUGGAAGGCUUCCAACUUCGACCGUACGCAUGGCGACCAGCUACACAACUUGUCAUUUCCAUGAUACAAAUGUACGAAGCCAAUUAUCCAGAGUCAUUGAAAGCUUGCUUCGUAAUCAACGCCCCAAGAGUAUUUGCCUUUGCAUUCAAUGUAAUUAAACCCUUUUUGGACGAAUACACAAUCAGCAAGAUCAGCGUUUUCAAAUCAGACCCGAGAAAGUACCAGAAAGCAAUGAAAGAAUGUAUUCCGGACGAUCAACUUCCGGUACACUAUGGCGGAACAAUGGUAGAUCCUGAUGGUGAUCCAAAAUGUCCCUCUAAGAUUAACUACGGCGGUACAGUACCCAAGAGCUUCUACAAAAAGAACUUCGAACAAGACAAAAAACGUGACUACACCGACACGAGUGUAAAAAGUGGUGGAAAAAUAGUUCUAGUUUUCAACGCACCCGAAGAGGGAUGUUACCUUAACUGGGACUUUGUCACUGAAGACCACGACAUCAAAUUCGGCGUCACCUGCAAGGACGACGCCACCGGACACGUUCACCAGGUGAUCAAAGCAAUGCGUGUGCCUUCACAUCAAGUGGAGGAAUCAGGCGCGUUGCAAUGCAAACCAAAUUACACCUAUACGGUGACGUUCGAUAACACAUACAGUAUGUUCAAGAACAAGAAGAUCAAAUAUUCCGUUUACAUGACAGAACCAAUCACCAAACUGGAUAUGAGUGUGUUACCAGCGAACGAAGAGUAACAAUCAACAGAUUUAAACAUUAAAAUAAACUAUUUACAUUAAAUAGAUUAUUCAAUCAGCAAUCUAUAAGAUAAUAUAAUAAAUUUAGAUGUAAACAAUAAUAUUACACCAGGAUAAGGUUGGUUAUUGUACGUUUUGCUCAAAGAUUACACUUAACAAACAGAAAAUGGCGGAUGUGGCAGGUUAAGUAAGAAAAUACAUUAUUUUUGAUAUUUAGGCGUGUUUACGUUUAAAUAAUGAUGAAAUAUUGGCAACAAUUAGUAAAAAAGCAUAUAAAA